UGUUUCUCGAUCACGCUCUCAACUCUUCACGCCUCCAAAUCAAAGACGCAGCUCUUCCAAGCCUUUUCGCAGUCAUCCGACAGCAACUUCAAUCACCCACCACCACCACAUCCCCUCUUCCACAACCCGCCACCAUGCCUCCCAAGAAGACCGAAGGUGCUGCCUCCAAGCCCAAGGCCAGCCAUGCUUCCUACCAGGACAUGAUCACCGACGCCAUUGUUGCUCUCAAGGAGCGCAACGGAUCCAGCCGUCAGCAGCUCAAGAAGUAUGUCCGCGCCAACAACACCAUCACUGUCUCGGACAACAUGUUCGACUCCCUCUUCAACAAGGCCCUGAAGGCUGGUGUUGACAAGGGCACCUUCGAGCAGCCCAAGGGACCUUCCGGUGGCACCAAGCUCUCCAAGAAGAAGAAGGAGGACACCGCCAAGGCCGCCAAGAAGGAGGCUGCUCCCAAGCCUGCUAAGAAGGAGGCCGCCCCCAAGAAGGCUGCUCCCAAGAAGGUCGCUGCCGCCAAGAAGGAGACCACUGAGAAGAAGCCGGCGGCGAAGAAGGCUGCCGCUCCCAAGAAGGAGACCAAGGCUGCCGCCCCCAAGAAGGCCGCUGCUAAGAAGGAAGCCCCCGCCGACAAGCCCCUCAAGAAGACCGCCACUGGCCGUGUCAGCAAGGCCAAGGCUCCUGCCGCCAAGAAGGCUGCUGCGCCAAAGAAGGCCGCUGCCACCAAGAAGGAGAAGGCUCCCAAGAAGGAGGCCAAGGCCGAGGCCGCGUAAAGCGCUCUCCAGUCCUCUGUGCUUUUCUGAUUGAUUGACAUUCUUCACAUCUCGGUUUCUUAUGGCGGUCUACAGGCGUUCAGGGUAUAUCUGGGUUACAAGCGAAUUCGCGGCGACGGUGGUUUCCGGUCGCAACACACAAAGAGGGACUGCUUUUUUCACAAAGGUCGGCUGGAAUGGAUAUUUUACCCCGAUGGAUCUCCCCAUGAUUGUUUAUAUUCCCCCUCCAUCGUCCAUUCCUCGGCUCGAGAAGCAUGGGUAUCUUGUACAGGCGCACGCGCGGGCCAGGAGGGAAAGGGCACCGUCGAGAGGCGUAAAUGGGGUGUCCUUGACGAAGUGAUGAGUCUAUUACAUUGUAAUAUACCAAUGAAAGAGCUCUGGUAUUGAUAUGUCGAACCUG